CAACAAGACAGCUUGGACGGUUAAAAUUGGUAAUCCGUCUUCCUUUGACCGGAUCGUUUCGGACAAGCCAGAAAAAAGAAAGGACAAAAUGAAUCCAAUCGUGGAAGCCUUUGCGUGCUUUCUGGGCUUUUUGGGGUGGAUCAUGGUUGGUGUGGCCCUUCCAAAUCGAUACUGGAGAGAGUCUACAGUGGACGGUAACGUUAUUACCACCUCGACCAUCUAUGAAAAUCUGUGGAUGUCCUGCGCAACGGACGCCACAGGGGUUCACAACUGCCGAGAUUUCCCAUCCUUGCUGGCGCUGAAUGGGUACAUUCAGGCCUCCCGAGCACUGAUGAUCAUCUCCAUUGUGUUUGGGACAUUUGGCCUUGCGGCGACCCUGGUGGGGAUGCAGUGCACCAAAGUAUGCGGAGAAAACUAUGUUCUGAAAGGCCGGACUGCGGCGAUGGGAGGGGUGUUCUUUAUACUUCAAGGGCUUUGCACCAUGAUUGCUGUGUCUUGGUAUGCAGCCAACAUCACUGAGCAGUUCUUCGACCAGUUUUACGCUGGGACAAAGUAUGAGAUUGGAGAGGCCCUCUACAUCGGCUGGUCGUCUGCCAUCCUCGCCCUCUGCGGAGGAUCCUGCCUGUUGUGCGCUUGCAAGCUAAAUUCUUCCAGUGAAAAGACCUCCUACCCAUACCAGCCAGCCUCCAGAAGACACAUGCUGUCUACGGUGGCAACGUCUCAGACGGCACCGAGCAUCUAUGGCAGAAACGCUUAUGUCUGAGAGGCAACAUCAGCAGAAUCUUUCUUUUCCUUAACUAAUGAUGAAGGUUCAAAUUCACUUAGUAUACUAAGAAAUUACAGUGUGAAUAAUUUGACGGCAUUUGAUUUUGUGGAUUUGCUGUGAAUUUGGUCAGAUAUUAACUCCCAUCGAUGCAAAGUAGGAUUUGGGAUGUAUAAACUGUUACUGCAGAUUACCUUUCCUUGUUUGUACUCAAAAGAUUUGCGAUGACUCACACAAUCGAAUUGAGAUUCAUAAAUCCAUACAUUUAUUUAUUCAACCACAGGCGAUGAGAUUAUUUGAAUUAAAUGAUCAUUUUAAUUAUGAGGUAGCUUGUUUGCACUGAAGAUUUGACUGUGCUAUAUUGUAUAAAACACAUUUAUUGCACCUGUUUUGUCAAACCUGCUGCGUAUUUAGUUGGGCAAGUAAAAAACUUGAUUAUUUCGUUAAGUCUGGUAGUUAUGAUCAUUUCAGCCAUAUAUUUACUAAUGAUAGAGUCCCAGUGAGAACUAUAGUGGUAAACUAAUAACAAGAAAUACCCUAAACUCUGGAUUCAUGGAAACACAUGCUGUUUUAAACUUAUUUACAUUUUUCAUGUUACAACAAAAUCAUAUUUUUUUCUGGUGAACCUACCAAAUUAGGGCACAGUUAUUGAGUGGAGAGAAAAGGAUACAAAAUUAUUAUUCAACAUUUUUACAAAUAAAAAUCUGACAAGUGGGUAGUGUCUUUGUAUUGCAAACAACUACCUUGAGAAGUCACAAAUUAGUACAACAAUGUCACUUGGACAAAAAAGACCCAUGGAAAAGCUACAGCAGAGAUGUUGGACUCUGUUAACCUGAUGCCAUGUUAAUUAUAAGAAGUUCAGAAGGACCUUUUAGAUAUAUUUAAACUGGUAUGCAUAAUAGAAAACCAAUACUUUUUAUCUUGCUAACACCACUAGUGGCUGCAUCAUGCUGUGGGUUGCUGAAAACAAAUCCAAAAAUAUUGAAAACCUCUGUUUGACCUCUAGAAACCAAGUAAACUCACUGCAGAGCCCCAGAAAACAUUAAUAACAUCCCUGAAGCUAUUUUCUUACUCUCAUGGUUAGAACAUUUCCAGAAACACGUGGAAAUCUACUUUUCCUUGUGCUCAGAAUUUCACCUUCUAUUUUCUGGGGUGUUUUUUUCCUGGGCAAAAAAAUUUGAAAAUUAUUAACAGUCUCAAAGUCAAGUCCAUGAAAAGGUAAGGCUUUUCAUGGUAAGCCUUGUCAUCAAGGCUUAGAUGGAAACCAGGCUUGGAAAUGGAAGACGCUUCACAGUUCAGCUCAACUGUGCUUCGAACGCCCGUAGAAAUACUUUACAGAACGUCUCUUCUUGGUCUAAACCUUAUUAUUAAACUUGGUUGUUAGUAUUGCUCCAAAUAAAAAUGUAUUUAUUUAUUUUCUUUUUUUCAGAUGCAACCAGAAAGAACUUUUAGCAAAAUUGCUUACAUUGUUUUGUGCUUGAUUUUUGUUACUGUUAAUGCUUUAAUCCAACUGAGAAAAAUCUGUGUAUUUAUUUACAGACAUUUCUUGUAUACACACACACAAACACACACACACACACACACAAAUCUACAGUUUUCUGUGCAGUCAUUAAAGAGCUCCAAAUGUUACUAGACAUCCUCACUUGUCUAGUGACAAAUGAAAAUGUUUUAUUAUUUAAAGGAAAGUGACUAAGAUAGUUUUUGCUCAGACUGGUGUGAAUAUCAGCCAGUCAGUCCAACUGUUCCCCAAUAAGCUCUCAUUCAGAAGAUUGACUAUUGAUUUAGAUAAUUCUCCAAAAAAAAAAAAAAAAAAACACCAAAAGUAGCAGAUUUUCCUGUUGUCCACACAAAUGGUGUCGCAUUUUAAGUUUCUAUCAAUAGUUUUCAAAAAUCGUCUUUGGUGACACCUUGUGGCCAAACGUUGGUAGAGCAGCUUUGUUAUGUUUUAUUUUUAAUUCUGUUCACUUCAUAUUAAAAAAAUUAGCACAUAUCAACCCAAAACAGAAAUUAAAUAAAAAGGAUGAUGAAUGCUAAAAUUAUGUAGGGUUAAAAAGUUUAAUAAUUAAAUAGAAUAUAGCUGUAUAAUAUUGUACCUUAUAUUGAUGAAAUUCUCCUGUUUGUGAAGGUGGCAGGAGAUAUUUAUGAAUUAGGUUACAGUCUUUGAAAGCUGCAUAAUAAAUUUCUUAUGUAUAUACAUUACACAUUAUACAGUCAUAUUUCAUAAAUUAGAAUAUGUGUCCAAUGAGUCAGAGCACUUAGUUAAAAAUAUAACAUACUUUUAGUUAAGACCACCUUUUUAUAUUGAAAUGUUUUUAUUGGUUUGUUAAACUGAAAUCUUAAAUGCUAUAUAGCUCUAAUUGAGAUUCACCAUAAUUAACAGAAAUAAAGACUUGAAAUCAUCAGUCUAUAUAAUGUGCCUCACUUUGGAGAUUGAGUUCCUGAAAUUAAAUUUUCAAUUGUAUUUAAAUUGA